GUCAUUGCGCAUGCGUUCGAAUGAGAAUCCCUCCAUCUUCUUUACAUCUAUGAGAGAGACGCUUGGUGUGCUUCAGAUGCUGGAAGUUAAGAAAGAUGACAGAGAGGUAUGCAACCUGAUGCUCGAGGGAUUGUCACAUGAGUAUGGGACCCUGCGUGAAACUCUGGUGGUGUUCUGUCCGAAUGACCCGUCGUUCAUAGAGACUAAAGUGCGUGAGAGGUAUCUCGACUUGCUGACUCAACCUGGUCCGAAGAAACACAGUGUUGCACUCAUGUCUAGACCUGUGAGGAAGAGUGCGAAGAAGCAGAACCAGAAGUCAAAGUCUAACUCCGAGUCUGAUUCGUCUAAGAAAAAGAUUUUUCAGGGGAAGUGUUUCAAGUGUGGGGAGAAGGGUCACUUGAAGAUGGACUGCCUGGCUCGUGUGAUAGCUCAUCCCUCUCAGACCGGACCAUCCGAGGACGACAAGGAUGAGAACGGUGAGAAGUCUGACUUGGUGUUGUUGUUAUCUCAAGCCAACUCAAGCGAAUGGAGUGGUGGCAAGUACAUUGCAGCAAUGUAUGCCAAAAUCAUGCAGAAGUGGCAGGAGUCCCGUGGUAGCAGUAGAAAUGAUGCUGUUUUGGAACACCAUGAUACCAUGUAUCUUGAAGCGUUGUAUACCGAAGCAGAGGAUGAGUUGAAGAAGUACGUCGGCAGUGACGGUGUUGUCCGUGAUUCUAUUCGCGAACACUCCACUCUUACGAAGAAGGAUAGAUGCAUCGAAGAUUGGUAUGCGGACACGGGUAUCGAGUUGACCGGAAAAAUGCAUGCUUAUUCGGGAUGUUCGAUGGGAAAAGGAAUUCGUAAGGCGAUUGCUCAUGUGACUACAAAUGGAUCAGACAAAAAGUUAGGCAGAGUUUUUGUUGACCUGGGAGGGAAGAAGGGCGUUGCGUCCAUAGGGGGCAAACAUUACCCCAUGAUUUUGAAGGAUGAUUUCACAAGGCGUGCAAGGAUGUAUUUCCUAAGAAGUAAAUCAGACGCUGGCAGUGUUUUCCGAAGUUUUCUUGCGAAUGUGCGUGCUGAUGGGAUCCCAUCAUUGAUUGAGAUUGUUAGAUCUGACAAUGGAGGGAAAUUUUUCGGUGGAGAAUUUGCAUCUGUGUGCAAUGAGCUCUUGAUUAAACAAGAGUUCACCCCGGCUCACAGUCCCGAAUUCAAUGGUGUUGCGGAACGUGGUUUGGGAUUGAUAAAAGAGGCCGCAAUGGCGGCUCGUAUUCAGGCGAAUGUUCUGUUUGGGCAUGUGCAGCUACCUAAGACUGAUAGACUCUGGGCGGAGGCCAUGNAA